GUAUGGCCGGCUGUGUGGCAAGUGCCUGUCGGGCUCCGCCGUGUUGACACUUGUCUUCGCCCUGCCGGCCUCGAUGGAGGGAAGGUUGCGUUGGAAUGGUGAAGAUAGACCAGACCGCCACUUUCAAGGAAUGCAGACAUUUGGGAAAUUUCUUCAACAGUUUUGCGUGUCCUUUGCCUCGAAGAUCAAGGAACACCUGUAUUCUGCUGCUUUCUGCCAGCGGCAUCUAGUCGUGCAAAAGACCCAUCAUGCAGCCACCACCCCAGGCAGCCCCGUCAGGCGUGGUCAGGCCACCUCCAGCCGGGAGUCCUCAGAGCUUGUUCUGGUCCAACAGAUCGUACAGGAGACAGGCAAACAGUAAUGCACCAGUGACCCCGAUAACUUGCCCGUUGCAGCCGGUGACGGAUCCGUUUGCUUUCAGUAGACAGGCGCUACAAAGUACACCGUUGGGCAGUGCGUCCAAAAGCAGCGUGCCCGUUCUGCAGGGCCCGGCCCCGCCAGCGCUCCUCCAGCGCCCUGGUCUGCCUGUGCCCCACACGAAUGCUGGGGAUACCUCCCAGGGACCUGGGUCACGGCCCACAGCGGACGCCACUCUAUUUUCCAGUAUGUCGACACCUUCAGAGCCGCCGGAGCCCGAGCUGAACAGGAGUGCCGAGCUUGCUCCCGGCGCAGAACCCGAAGUGCAGGCUCUGCCGUAUCCUCACAUUCCGGGAACUGGUGCCAACGGUUCUCACGGGGGCCACCCACACGCGGCCAUGCUUGGGCCCGAGAGACCCCUGAGUCGGCAGAACCCACACGACAGCGCUGCGUCACGGGCGCCAGCCCCUUUCUUCCCUCAGCCUCGUCAGCAGAUGCCAGGCCAGUGGGGGGCGGGGCAGGGAGGCCCACAGACCCCAGGUCAACGUUAUUGGCCCCGCCCAGAAGGACCUGUUCAGAACGCGGUGCCCCACACGUCCGGUGGUCCCCCCUACCCUGCUCCGUCCAGCCUGCAUCACGGUCCUGGCCACGAGCAACUCACCCCAUCGGUGUCUUUGCCAGGUCCCUUGGCUGGUGACGGAAGCAGCAAUGAGGCAGCCUACCUACAGAGCGGAAGCCAGUCAACAAGUAACUUUGAUCCUGAAAAUGCGUUCAGGCAAAAUUCUAGAGCUGGGAGUACUCGGGCAAGCCAGGAGCUCAGGCCACAUCCAGGAGUGAAUAAAGAGCAGUUGCCAGACCUUGCUCUCGUUAAUCCCCUCGCUCAGGGAAAUAUCCCAGAAAGCCAUUUGCACUACCCCUCAGGGGCCGACACCAGCCAGGUCCUGCCGGAAGUGGACUUGGGGGCUCUCUCCAUGUUCUUCCAUGGCGGGGAGGCGGAAAACGAGGAGAACCUUUCAUCUGAGAAAACAAGCUUUGCUGGUCGGUCUGACUUAGAUGGCUCCUCCCCCAGCCCUGGACUUGGUCACGCUUCCGCACGUGUGGGAGUGGGUGGCAUUUACCACGCCUUUCCCAGAGGUUCCAACAACGAGGCCACGCAGCAGGGAGGACACCCGCAGCCUUAUUUCUCUCAGUCUGCAGGCGUCCAGCCUGAUAGACCAGCCACAGUGAGCGCUGCUGUCGCUGCAUGGGGCGGUGCGGCAGGCACAGGGGCUCACGCUGCCGGCAGCUCACAGUAUGAGAACGUCGAGGACUUAGAGUUCAUUCAGAAUCAGGAAGUUUUGCCAAGUGAGCCCCUAAGUUUGGACCCUUCCGCCCCAGGCGAUCAGCUCAGAUACGGUCCCCUUCCUGGGCCAGCCAUCCCCAGGCUCAGUGGUGUGGCCCAAGCUGGAGGCGGGGGCCCAAAUCUCGAGGCCCCGGAUUCAACGCCACACCCUGUGAGAUCCGAUAGCGUGUCAUCCGGUUACAGCAGCAAGAGCCACAGGAAUCUUUCGAGUGCAGCCAGGCCUCAAGACCUGGUGGGCACUUUCAUUCAGCAGGAAGUUGGAAAACCUGAAGAUGAGUCUUCGGGGAGCUUUUUCAAGCAAAUUGAUUCUUCUCCCAUAGGAGGCGAGAUCAACGAGACCGCCGGGAGCCAGAGUCACCGCUGCAGCCUGUCCCAGCCCUCAACCCCAAGCCCCCCCAAACCCACUGGAAUAUUCCAGACAAGUGCAAAUAGUUCUUUUGAGCCGGUGAAAUCCCACUUCAUUGGAGUAAAACCUGUUGAGGCCGAUCGAGCCAAGGUGGUGGGGGAGGUGAGGGGGGCCGGAGCCCACCAGAAGAAGCCCAGGCCUGUUGCUGUGCCGCCGGACACCUGCCCUGGCAACCUGGAGCAGCCCCCGGACAACUUGGAGACCCUGUGCACACUCCCGGCCGGUUCCCUGCCCUUGACCGGACCCCUGGAGGCCGACCACGAGCUUGGGCACGCGGGGGGGCUGCCCUCGGAAACCGUGCUUCUGGCGGCUGAGAAAAGGCCUUUUGCCAGGGCCCAGGGAGCUGUGAAGUGCGAGAGCCCAGUAACGACCUUGUGGGCACAGAAUGAGCUCCCCGAUUUCGGAGGCAGAGUGCUCCUGGCCCCAGCCGCCCCUGCGCUGCAUGCGCCCGUGAGGCCUCAGCCCUCCGAGGUGAUUCAGCCUCCAGACGAGGGGGUUUCUGGUCAGCAGUCCCGGCAGCCAGGCCCUGGCCUCCCCCUGCAGAGCAGGGAGGGCAUCGGUGCUUCCGAGAACCUCGAAAACCCUCCCAAAAUGGGAGAAGAGGAGGCCCUUCCGUCGGCAGCGAGCUCCGGCUACGCCAGCCUCUUGUCCUCGCCGCCCACUGAGUCUUUGCAGAAUCAGCCGGUCUUGAUUGCCCAGCCUGAUCAGAGCUAUAACUUGGCUCAGCCCAUUAAUUUUUCUGUGUCCUUAUCGAGUCCUAGUGAGAAGAAUCCGCCCUGGAGAGAUGCUUUGGUGGGGGAUAGACCAAUGGCAGGUAGCCGGACUGUCGGCGGGGACUCUGGAGAAAGCGCUCCCGUGUCGGGGGUCCCGGCUGGUGCUCUCACCCGCUCGCCUCUGCCCAAGAGUCUCCCGCACAGCAGCUUUCCACAGGUUCCUGGCACUUCAGAAACCAUUUCUAAUCCACCUGCUAAUUUGCUGGUUCAGCCGCCACCUCAUCCAGUUCCAAAGAACUUACUUCCAGAAAGCCAAAAGAUUCAUAACGCAGAGAACAUUCUUCCCGAGUUGGUUAGUAACCCUGCUGGAAACACAGGCGUGAUGUUAGUGCCACCUGCAAACGCUACCUCGGUACCUGCUGGUAAUAAAGCAGAUCCCUCCAGUAAUCGGGAAGAAACUUCUGGUGCCCUAGACUUCACACUGAAUAGGACUUUGGAAAACCCUCUAAGGAUGUAUAGCCCGUCCCGUUCUGACAGCCCAGCUUGUCAGCAAACCAUCACCAAUCCUAGACAGCCCGGGCCAGGGGCACAUAACCCAGACCCUUUCUACCAACAGGUGACAAAAGAUGCUCAGGACCAGCGUGGCCUAGAGAGAGCUCAGCAGGAGCCAUCACCGUCCCCUCAGCGAGGGCCCAGAGCAACAUGUUCAGAACCUUCCAACCCAGGAAGUCCGCCAGUGCAGGGCCAGCCCCCAAACUCGGUCCCGCCGCCUGCAAGUCCAGCUCCAGCCGACACGGGUCAUCAGCCACUGCCUCGGCCGCCUCGGUCCUCCAGUGCGUCCGUCGUGUCCACCAAUUCGAGCCAGGCCGCCGCGCGGUCAGACCAGCAGUGGCUGCAGCCUCCGCCCCCAGACUUGGCAUCUUACUACUAUUAUAGACCCCUGUACGAUGGCUACCAGUCGCAGUACCCCUCUCCCUACCCGCCAGAUCCUGGCACAGCCUCUCUCUAUUACCAGCAGGACGUCUACGGCCUGUAUGAGCCCAGAUACAGGCCCUACGACAACGCCGUGCCUGCCUACGCUGACAGCUACCGCUGCCCCGAGCCCGAGCGGCCCAGCUCCCGGGCAAGCCACUGCUCGGACCGGCCACCCGCCAGGCAGAGCUACCCCGAAGCUUACUCCAGCUCCAAAAGCGGGUGGAGCAGCCACAGUGACUACUAUGCAGGCUACUACUCCGGCCAGUAUGACUACGGAGAUGCAGGCCGCUGGGACCGGUACCACUACGGCUCCAGGUUCAGGGACCCCCGCGCCUGUGACCGGAGGUAUUGGUAUGACGCGGAAUACGAUCUGUACAGGAAAGAAAACUACACUUACGGGGACAGGCCUGAGAGGUAUGAUGACCCCUGGAGGUACGACCCUCGCUUCACUGGUAGUUUUGAUGACGACCCCGAGCCCCACAGGGACCCUUACGGGGAAGAGGCGGACAGACGCAGCGUGCACAGCGAGCGUUCGGCACAGAGUCUGCGCAGCAGCCUCAGUUCCCGCUCGCGCCAGAGUCAGAUUUACAGAAAUCACGGCGUGACUGCUGCUUCCUACGAGGCCCCGCCUCCCCCGGACUCUUUGCCUGGCGAUUAUGCCUACGACAACAAUUUUGGCAGCGCCCAGGGCUUCGCGGAGUACGGCUAUGCUGCCGAAGCCGGUUGGGCCACCACGGAGCAAGCUCCAUCGAGACCAACUUCUCCUGAGAAAUUCUCGGUACCACAUGUCUGUGCCAGGUUUGGUCCCGGGGGUCAGCUCAUUAGAGUGACUCCAAACCUGCCUUCAGAAGGACAGCCUGCCCUGGUCGAGGUCCACAGCAUGGAGACCCUGCUGCAACACACACCGGACCAGGAGGAGAUGCGCUCAUUCCCGGGACCGCUCGGCAAAGAUGACACCCAUAAAGUGGAUGUUAUUAAUUUUGCACAGAACAAAGCUACAAAAUGUUUGCAGAACGAAAAUUUAAUUGACAAAGAGUCUGCAAGUCUCCUUUGGAAUUUCAUUGUUCUCUUGUGCAGGCAGAACGGGACCGUGGUGGGGACGGACAUCGCGGAACUUCUGUUACGAGACCACCGAACGGCCUGGCUUCCUGGGAAGUCGCCCAACGAAGCCAACCUGAUAGAUUUUACAUCUGAGGCGGUAGAGCGGGUGGAGGACGAGGAGUCCGGGGAGGCACAGCUCUCGUUCCUCGCGGACAGCCGUGCAGCCGCCCCCGGCACUCUCGACAGGGAGACGGAGAGGUUCCGAGAGCUGCUACUUUAUGGCCGCAAGAAGGACGCCUUGGAGUCUGCGAUGAAAAAUGCCUUAUGGGGACACGCUCUUUUACUGGCCAGUAAGAUGGACAACCGGACACACGCCCGGGUCAUGACCAGGUUCGCCAACAGUCUUCCAAUCAAUGACCCCUUGCAGACCGUGUACCAGCUGAUGUCGGGCCGGAUGCCCGCUGCAUCCACGUGUUGUGGAGACGAGAAGUGGGGAGAUUGGAGGCCGCAUCUUGCUAUGAUCUUGUCCAACCUAAGCAGCAACGUGGAUGUGGAGUCCCGGGCGAUGACCACCAUGGGCGACACUCUAGCUUCAAAAGGUCUCUUAGAUGCCGCGCACUUCUGCUACCUCAUGGCCCAGGUCGGAUUAGGGGUUUAUACAAAGAAAACCGCAAAACUUGUUUUAAUUGGAUCGAAUCACAGUUUGCCGUUUUUCAAGUUUGCGACCAAUGAAGCAAUUCAGAGGACAGAAGCCUACGAAUAUGGCCAGUCUCUUGGGGCGCAGACCUGCUCCUUCCCCAGUUUCCAGGUGUUUAAGUUCAUCUACUCGUGCCGCCUGGCGGAGAUGGGGCUGGCCACGCAGGCCUUCCAUUACUGCGAGGUGAUUGCCAAGGCCAUCCUGACACAGCCCCACGUGUACUCCCCGGUGCUCAUCAGCCAGCUGGUCCAGGUUGCUUCGCAGCUGCGGCUCUUCGACCCUCAGCUGAGAGAGAAGCCGGAGGAGGAGUCCUUCGCGGAGCCUGCCUGGUUGGUCCAGCUGCAGCGUGUGGAGAAGCAGGUCAAGGAGGGCGCCACGCCGCGGAGUCCGGAUGGGGCCCUCUCUCAGCGCUGUCCCAGCCCCCCCAGCCCUGAGGCUGGGCAGCUCGACGGCCCAGGACCCACCCAGCCAGGCAACCCGCUGCUGGCGCCGCCUGUGCCGAGCGCCGAGCGCUUUGGCCAGGGUGUGCGGCUGUUGCCAUUAGCUCCGCCGACGCUCCCUGCCAGGGUGCCGCUGUUCCCGGUGCCGCCACCCCCGGGCCCCCUGGAGCUGGGGCCUGGCUGUGGGCCCCUGGGGUCUGCACUUGGUUUCCCAGAGGCCUCUGGGCCUGACGCCGCAGCUCUGUACCCAGGACCUGGCCUUCCCGCCAGCGCACCGUCUCUGCCGGAGAGCGAGCACCUGCCCCAGGAGGCCGCAGGCCAGGACCCAGGGCUGAUGGUGCAGGAGGCGCUCGGGAGAAACUCGCUUCCAGAGCGGAGAGAAGACGGUUUUGGCGGAAAGUUUGCUCAUCUGGGCUCCGCCAGGACGUCGCAGGACUCCGAGGUCCCUCCGGCAUGGGAGCGUGCCAGCUCCGGCGCCCUGCAGCCGCCUCUCACGUCCGCGCCCGAAGGGAAGAGGUCUGCGCCGGCAGCUGGCAAAGAGGCCAAGGAGCCUAAGAAGAGCGGAGAAUCCUGGCUAUUUCGCUGGCUGCCCGGGAAGAAGAGGACAGAAGCUUAUCUGCCUGACGACAAGAACAAAUCGAUCGUCUGGGAUGAAAAGAAGAACCGAUGGGUGGAUGUAAAUGAGCCCGAGGAGGAGAAGAAGGCUCCGCCGCCACCGCCGACCUCCCUCCCCAACGCCGCGCAGGCUGGGCCCCCCGGUCCCGGAGGUCCCCCCAGAGCCUCUGUGAACAUGUUUUCCCGGAAAGCAGCUGGAGCCCGAGCGCGCUACGUGGACGUGUUAAACCCGGGGGGGCCCCAGCGGAGUGAACCGGCUCUUGCCCCUGCGGAGUUUUUUGCUCCUCUUGCCCCGAUGCCGAUUCCUACCCACUUGUUCGGACCAAACACAGACGCAGAGGAAGGCCUGCCUGCAGAGGGGGCCGGCAGGGAAGGGCAGGCCCCCGCGGGGGGACCGGUCAAUCCAGAGCCUGCCUCGGAGCCCCAGGUGUUGGGCUCACCAGCGUCCCUCCCUGGCCCUGAACUCCCACCCACCCACCAGGACGGCUCCCAGGGAGGAGAGCUUUCGAGCUGUAGCUCACUGAGUUCACUAUCACGUGAAGUAAGCCAGCACCUUUACCAGGCUCCCAGUGACCACGCCGCUGCAGGGGGCGCCCCCGGGGCCUCCGUGCCCUUCUACAGCCCCGCUCAGUUUGCACAGACCUCUGCUGCCUCGGGGGGCUCAAGGAUGGGGAGGAUUGGCCAGAGGAAGUACCCGGCGUUGAGCUAGAAGGGUCCCUGUCCUGCAGUAGCAUCUAGAACCUUCGAAUUCUGCUCUCCUGGGAAGUCAGACGGACUGAUCGCCUGCACCUCCCUUGUGUCCCCACAUGGGCACAGCGGUGACUCCGCGUGACUGUGCUCGCACUUCCUUCUUCACCACCUGUCUCCAAAGCGUUGCCGGGGUUUGGCCCACGCUGCCUUUCCGGUGCUGGGCGAACAGAGGGGGUCUUUGGCCCCAUCUCUCACCUGACAGUGACUUAAGGGCAGCACAUCCUUAGUCGCUCAGGAACGCUGCACCGGGUGAGGCCGGAGCCGCCUUCGCUGCACGAGAACGAGGGCACCGCUCUUCGGUAACGGGGUGUCUGGGAAACCUAACCAUGCUCUGCCGCCCCCCCCCCCCGCCCCCUGCCGCUGGUCCUUCAGGACGCCCAGGGGAGAGCGCACCCCGGCCUGGGAGAGCCCCCUGGGGUGGGGGCACUGCAAAAAAACGCCUCAAGGAAACGUGGACCCGGUCAAGCUUUCCAGGGAGGCCCGGUCACUGAAGUGCGUUUUGUCUGGUGGCAAAGAUGUUUCCAACGUCACUUCCCUCUGCGUCUGGGAAGGGGUCCCCCAGGGCCGUGUUCCACGUGGACCUGCCCGCCUACCCCACCAAGCCUAAACCUGCCGGUGACGGAUUCCAUUUGGGUUUUCUUAGUAUGGGAGUAGCCUAGUUAGACGACUCCUCACAGAAACUUCUGGAUUGGCACGCUCUUUGUGAAACAGUCGAUGUACUUUCUCAUGACCGGUCCUCACAGUGCAGAGUUGACACGCGCUCGGACUCUGAGCCUUCUGCCUCCGUGUCUCCCUCCGCCCCCCCUCCCCCACCGGGAUCUUCAGUGGGUGGCGGGCUGAGCCCACAGAGGGAGACCCCAACCCCACCCCCCCCCCGGAGCUCCAAGCUUUAAGGCUUCAUCGACUGUUCUUAGAAUUAUUCACAUUCUUGUUAAGUCUGAAGAGACUACAGAAAAAAAAUUAAAUAUUUAUAAGAAUCAUUAGGAAAUAACUUCUGUAGGUUCUGCUGGGGACAUAGUUGGGUGUCGUAAAUCUAAGUGCGGAAAUGGUGUGAAUGUGGAGUUUCCCCGCGGCUCACUGGGCCCCAGAGGAAGGGUGCGGAGCGUUUUCCCACGUGUCACCCACGGGCACACCUGGAUGCGUUUGUUCUUGUCACUUGGAGACAGGUGGGGCCUGGCUGCCAGGGGCAGUGGGGGCCCUGGGACCAGAGCCCCCCGCCGACGCCCUCUGCCCGGCCUGCCCACCAUUGCCCGCGUGGACUGCCAGCGACUUUUGAUUCAAGAAGCUCCCUCCCAGGACAGGCGGGAGCUGCUAUUUUUCCUAAAUGCAAAUUGUUACACUGCAAAUUGAUAAGUAAAGUAUUUUGCGCUCGCA